AAGGACUUAAACUACAAUUCCCUUCAUGCCGUACGGCUGUUGCCUUCCAGUUCCGGUUUUGGAAGUUCAGCGGAAGCAGCGGUUCCAGGUGUGGUGCAAUACAAGCGCUUGGAAUAGGAAGUUAACGCGCCUGCAUUGGUGGCCACUCCCUUGGAUACAGACCCACAGGGCAGAAUAAAAGCAUUUAACCCUUAGGUUGUGAUAAGUUAGCACAUCAAAACGCAUGGAUAAAUGCCUGCAGGAUGUCUGAGAAACCAGCACUUGUUUCUGUGCAGCAGUCGCUAAGGAAGUGCUUUGAUACUAUAGAACCACUGCACGAAGAAUGGAAUACUACACUUUUGGAGUGCGACCCACACCUCAGUUCUUUAAGUAAUCUAGCAGAACAGCUACAGGCAUGCCAGAGAGUAAUGUUUAAGAAAACCCCCCUAAGCAGCUUUACUAACCUGCAAGAACACCUCAGUUUUAAGCUACAAGCAGCUAUGGAGGUUACUUUGGAGAUCCUAAAUCAAAAGUUGUCUAGGCUGCAUAGAAUAAGGGACUCUGUAAGUCAAGUGGUUGGGUCCGUCCUUUACAUGUAUGAGACUAAUGUUGAAAUAAUUGGCCUUGAAGCAAUUCUGGAACGUUCUUCUCUCUGUCCUUCUGUAGCUGACAUGUUAGAAUGGUUACAAGAUAUAGAGAAACACUACAGAAACCAAUACCUGCAGAGGAAGCUUCUCCUACAAGUGUGUGACUAUCGUUUGUCAGAUAUUCAGGCAUUGCCUCAGUCUUGGGUUAAACUGGCAGAUGCAGCAUCAUCCAGACAGCAGCUUGUUGAAGAUAUUUUAUUAAGUGUAUCCUUCUUUCGCACAUCUACGUGACACUGAUAUUCUUCCUGAAUACUUCUCAGAACUUACUAGUUGGAAUGGCCUGUUCCGAGAUGGAAAUACUUGAAAAUUAACUUUAAGGGUCUGUUAAAUGUAGAACACUUGGGAGCAUCAUUUUGAUGUCUUGAACUUGAACAUUGUCCAACAUUGUAUUCCUAUUUUUAUGAGAUAUAAGUCCAAAACUCAUGGCUGAAUAAGAAAAUGGAUCCAUUUACCACAUCUCAUUGGACUGAAGCUUUGCCUGCAUUUGCUGGAGUUAAAUCCAUACUUCUGAACAUUAUUCUCUAUAUAAUAUAACUUAUGUAAUGUAAAACUGCCCACGCUUAUACCACUGUUUUAUAUAAAUAAAGCCUUUUCAUUAAAAACA